AUGCAACCUCCUCUCGACCGUCAUCACCGUCGACGCCGACGAUGAACGCGAAACAUCUCAUACCUCCUGCAGCGGGCGGUGGAAACGGCGGUAGCAACACGAACUCUCUUGGCCGCGCAGGAGGGCAACGAACACUACAGCGUGUCCCCUCACACGAGUCGCUGGCGACCCACCCGCUUCUCAGUCCUCAUAGCGCGACAUUUGCUCCCUCUCCUGCUGCCGCCGCUGCACCAGCGUCUACUGCAUAUGUGCCGUAUACUCCAAGAAACCAACGCCCUUCGACUGCUCCUGCACCCCCGGAGGCGCAGCACAAGCUUCAGCUCGUCAGCCUGAAGUCGGUCGCUCAAGGAGAGCUGGGGCUCGAUCCUGCCAGCGUCGGAUGGCACCUCCUCGAGAGGAUUAUCACGAUGCCGGACUGGGCGCCUCCGCGGUCGAAGCCUGUACUCCUGCUCCCUGUGACGCGGUCAGAAAGCCGCACGGAGGUGGAGGUGCGCGAUCACGUCGCGCUGCAGCGUGGCGAUGGCUGGCUCCAGACGGUCAGCGGACUCGUGGGGCGUAUUGAUGAGCAGACGCUCACAUUCGUACGUGCAUAUCCUGGUGCAGCACUCCCCGCAAACGCCGUGAUAUGUCCCGCACAUCCCAAGUUCACCUGCGCGAAGCACUCGGAUGCACUGCCCCUCCCUCCAACACCCACUGCGCCUCCUCCCCUUCCACCAAGGCCCGCGCCAGCACCGCGAACUGGUCUAUCUCUGGGCGGGCUAUCGCUGUUUGGGCGUCGUGCACCCUCUCCUGCACCACCACGGCCAGCUUCGCCGGCAGGAUCCAUCAAUUCCACUCAAUCCGCCAGUGCCAUUUCACCCGUCUCCGCGCCAGCUUCUGCGACCGCACCUGCUUCGCCAUCAUCCGCUCCAGUCACGCAAGUACCCGCCUACACCCUCUCGCGCCCGAUCGUGCGCGCAGAGAUCAUACGACAACUUGCGGCUGGGGCGCGUCAAGAGGUCGUGGCUGCUUUCUCUAACGGCAAGCCCGACCCGCGAUGGACCUGGCUCUCUGAACGCAUCAGUGCGUUCGUUGUGGAGGAGCUGGACGCCGCGGAGGUGGACGAGCAUGCGGAGGAGCAUGCACGAGCAGAUGCUCUAGCCGAUCGCGUGCGCACGCUCUACGACCAGUCCGAAGAUGACAUUCGCGCCUUUCUCGUUGCCGAACGCACAGCGCCGGCUCGCGGGAAGCGGAGGCGAUGGGGCAGGGAUAAGGAGAAGGCAGCUGAGUCGGAUCCCGAGAAGGCUGCGACGGAUGACUCGAAGAAGAGCUCAGACGAUCCCAGAAAGAGCACGGACAGCGACGCGUCCGCAGCUGACGAGAGUGCGGAGGAUGCGGACGACGAAGCUUGUGCCCGCGCGCUUGUAGCGACUGAGCGUGCUGUGUGCCGCGUUUUGUGGGAUCGGAUGUUUGUCCUCGAUACUGCGCAGGACGAUGCGUUCGCAUCGCGCGUUGCUGCCUUGCACAUGGCAGAGUUGUCGCUUGGGGAGCUCGGUGUUGACGUCACUGGCGGGAGGGACGAGACGGAAGCGGCCAGAGCUGCGGUCGAGGAUGGUGUUGAGGGAGUCGUUGGAAAAGUGGGACAAGUACUUGCCGGGCUCGAUAAGGUAUAUACGCCUAGCGAGAAAUGUCAGAUAUUCGUUGAAGCGCAUCGUGUCAUUGUAGAUGGUCUCUCGAAGCUUCCGCCAUUACGCCUCAAGCCCGAAGUGGAGGAGAGUCAGGAGAAGGACAAGAAGGCGCAAGAGCUUGAGCUAGAGGCACUACCUGGGGUGAAGUCGACGGACUCGGAGACAGCCUCAGCCGACGCGAACGCAGGCAGACUCACCAUCACGACCGAUACCCCCGCCGCGAUGACGGACGCCAAUGUGCUUGUCACCUCGCCCGACGGCAUCGAGAUCGAUGCACACAAGCAACUCACCGCCCCAUCUAUCCCCGCAGCCCCUCCCGCGCCGACGUCUACCGCCGUGUCAUCCGACCUACUCCUCCCCGUACUCAUCUACGCUCUAGUCCGCGCGAACCCGCCGCGGUUACCCACCCACCUCGCCCAUGUGCAGCGCUUCCAGUGCGCGGCAGCCUUACCAGGAGAGGCAGCCUUCUGCGCCGUCAGCGUACUUGCUGCAGUGCAGUACAUCGAGACUGCCGCGGGUGAUGGCAAGCGGACAGCAGAUGACGGUACAGGCGCCGUCCCGCCAUCGCCUCUGCCCCCAGUUCCUACUUCUCCGCUACCGGGCGGUGCGCUGCGCCGCGUGUUGAGCGGUGCCACAGAUGUCUUCGGGAUCAUUCGCGGCACCUUGCAAGGAGAGGAAGGGGCUGUUGCCAAGGACGAACAGGACAAACCUGCGACGCAGGAUGCGGAGAAGGCCGAUGACGCCGCCGAUGCGGACAAGGAGGGGAAGGAAGCGAAAGACUUGCCACUGUCCACCUCGCCGUGGAAUGCUGGCUUGAGCGCCCUGCUGCGCCGUGACACGGGCGGGGGCGGUCUGCUCGGAGGCGGUAGUGGCUUCUUCUCACGCGAGACUGUCUUUGGGCGCAGCGGCAGCACGAAGGAAGAGGAGCUUGCAGACGUGCCCAGCAGGCCUGGCAGCGCCUACCCAGGUAGCCGCCCAACGAGCCGACCCGGUAGCAUCUACACGGCGUACGGCGAUGAGAGCGGUGAAGAGGACGAAGAGGAUGAUGAAGAGGAUGACGAUGAAGACGAUGAAGAGGGCAGCGAGGAGAGCGGGGACGAGGGCGGGCCGGCGCGAAGCAUCAGAAGCUUCGGGAGCAUGAUGAGCAGCCGACGGAGAAAGGCGAGCAAGAGCAGCGCGAAUUCCAGGGGCGGGUCGUCCGCGGUACGCAAGAGUCUGAGCGACCGCCUAGCAAGCGUGAGCGGCGGCAUCGCGACUGUCGGCAGCCUCGCCGCGAGCUUCCAGGGAUCCCCGCCUCCAUCACGGCGCUCGUCGCUGCUCCCGAAGGUCGUACAACCGCCGUCACCACGCCCUGAAUCGCCUAUACCCGCUUCACUGCGGGCGGGCUCGCCAUCGUCUCUUCGUCCUACAUCGCCAGGACCUGUUUCACCCUCAACGCUGCGUCUGGCACCGCCGCGCGCUAGAUUUUUGACUUGUGCACCGGAUGACUUACGGUUGGCCGAAGUGGCUGAGCUGUUACGGGAUUACAGGCGAAUUGUGGAGGGUGUCAGAAGCGUUGGUGGUUUUAUGGGCGAGUGAAGACUUCCUGCAUAUGAGCCCUAUGAUUACCCUAUAUGCGUAUGUUAUGGCAUCCAGGACAGCCCGUACCGUGCUCUCUCUCAGGCUAUACUGUAUGUGCCGUUCAUCAAUCGUGGAGUCCAGUAAUCGGGGGCAGAUAACCCCGCAAUACGAAGUCCGACGCUUGUCACUAUCAUAUGACGGGGUUGUACCACCGUGUACUAUUACACCCUCAAAGUUCAGGACUCGCAUUCAAGGGCGAGCCGUCGCUUCCACGCCGCUACCGCCUGGGGCUUGAGGCUUGCUUUGAGCACCUUGUCAAAUCC